UAUGGAACUUAAACUCAAGUCCUUCAAAACGGAACAAAAAUACUUUCAAUGACAUUUCCUCACGCGUCCGAAGAAUAUUUUGUAAACAAACGCAGUCAACAAGUAAGGGCAUUCCGUUUUAUGUGCAUGUACACAACACAGUGCAUUGAUUUUCGUAAUCAACAAAUCGAUGGAGAAAUACGCCGUUGCGAAGUUAGUUGGCGAGGGAUCGUUCGGUCGGGUAUACAGGGCCACUAACAUUUUAACGAAGGAAACAGUAGCAUUGAAAGUGAUCGGCAAGCACGGUCGAUCAUCCAAAGAAAUCAAAAAUCUUCGAGGUGAAUGGGAAAUACAGGCGCAUCUGCGACAUCCGAACAUAAUUCGAAUGUUGGACUCAUUUGAGACGGACAAUGAAAUCGUAAUCUGCACAGAGUUUGUGCAUAGCGAUUUGCAUAAACUAUUAGCGAAGGAAGGUUCCAUUGGAGAAAUACGUGCACGGAAAUUGUCAUAUGAUUUAGUGUCGGCACUGUACUAUCUGCAUUCACAUCGAAUUUUGCACAGGGAUUUGAAGCCUCAGAACAUCUUACUGGACAGAGAAUGUCACGCGAAAUUGUGCGAUUUUGGACUAGCUCGAAAUAUGGGAAUGGGUACGCAUGUAUUGACUUCAGUAAAGGGAACUCCAUUGUACAUGGCUCCAGAACUGAUGAACGAAACACCUUACGAUUAUCGUGCCGAUUUGUGGUCUUUGGGUUGUAUCAUCUACGAAACGUUAGCCGGUGAGCCGCCAUUCUGCACUACAUCGUUACGCACUCUGUAUCUAUUGAUACAAAACGAGAACGUUAAAUGGCCAAGUUUUCUAACGGAAAUGGGUUUCUCGUUCUUGAAGGGUCUGCUACAAAAAGAACCAUCGUUACGGAUGACAUGGAAUCAGAUACUCGAUCACCCGUUUGUCAAGGACAAAAUUACAAUUUUGGAGGAAGAUGUAGCUGAUUCACCGUUCACACAUCCGUUGACUAAUUCACAGAAUUUGGAAAAAGAGCGACAGAAGAAGCAAAUUAUGUGCUUUGCUGGUGCGUCCAAUUUCCACGCACAUCGUACGCAGGAUCCAGACGAACCGGCGUCGUCAUCACGGGACAGCAUGAAAGCAAUACUACAGAGUGACCUUGAAAAUUUCGAAACCGACAACGACAAUGACGAUCAAAAUGUGCCUGAGCCGCAGGGCAAACCUGUUGGUCAACAUGUUAAGACGACAGAUGAUGUGUGCUAUGUGACCGGGAACUAUAAUUUGAUUGUUAAUCGGUUGAGCGACAACUUACAGUAUUUUUCGAAUCAGUCCAGGGAGCGGAAGCACAAGACUCGAGACCUGGAAAAACGUAAACUCAGUCAGAAUUUAGUUAAUUUUUCGCUUCGAUUAGGUAAGAGUUUGACCACUGAUCCGGCAGUAGCUGCAGUAAAUUUAGAAUCUACAAUCACAAACAAAUUGGAGCGAUCAAGCGACAAACAACAAACCAGUAAAUUUACAACACCUCCGUCGAUGUUACCUGGAUGGGAUUCGGGGAUUCCAGACGAAUACCAAAGUCCGCCAAUCGAAAAUGAGGAAUGGCUGGCAUUCCUGCAUCGAUACAUGCAGGAAAUAUUAGACGGUGACAUUGAAUCGUUGAAGCAACAGAACUUGGUCAGCAUAAUUGUCGCUCCACUUCGUAAUUACAAAGCCAGCAGUAAAGUACUGGAAAGUGUCGCACAGGUGUUGAGUCUUCCACUUGUACUGAGUGGAUCGCUGGAAGAGACCGCUGACAUACGCAACGUUUACGUUGAAGUGAAGCUCGUUGCGAAUUUGAUUUAUGCCUCAAAGCUAUUGUGCACAGCCCGACAAGAUUGUGUGGAAAGUCCUUCGCCAACAGUUUCGCGAUCGUUUCGACAAUUGAAGUUUCUGAGUUUAACGGAAGUGAAAACUUUGGUCAGCAUGUACGAGCUGGUUUGUCAUCUCGUUCAUUUAAACGAACAAUUUUUGUCCCAAUUUUGCGACAGUGUCGAAAUUUUGGGCACCACCGAUUUGUUGGUGGGUUUCAUAUCACAAGUUUCCAACGAACCGUCAUCGAUCCGCCUCGUAAAUGUUGUCCUUGCAUUGCUAUGCUGUGCCUUGCGUGAACUUCCCGAAAAUGCUGAACUCGUCGAAAAAAUUGUUUUCCAUGCGAACGUCGAUCUGGUGACUUUAAUGAAACAUCCAAAUAAUCUAUUAAGAUCCAGAAUGUGCAUGCUAUUGCGUAUGAUAGGACGAUUCAGUUGCAGUUCACUGCAAAAGGUUUGGUCAUCGACGAUGAGAGAGACACUGCAUGGCUUAGCAACAAACGAUUCGAGCGAGUGGGUUAGGAAUGAAGCCGCAGAUGUGUUGGAAGAAUAUAAACAUUUGUCGUUCUAUGCGCAGUACUGACAUUUAAUCGUGCAAUAAAUCGUAUUUCAUUUGCCUAUACAGAA